GGCGUCGCGCGGCGGCAACGAGUCAAUUUCGUUUCUUUCCUAUGUGGUAGGUUCUCGUUUUAAUUUUGAUCGAUGGCGAUAUUUCUGGGCAUGACAAGUGAAUAAUAAUAAUCGGAUAGAAUCAUCUGUCACAUGUGCAACACAAUCAUAGAACACUUUAGUUAAAACACGUAAGAGACCAUCAACACAACAAGCUUUUGAAGCAGGAUAAAUCACAUCGAACACUACCAUCAAGAGAACCUCGAAACAGCUACUUGUGAAAUGUAACCGAAGAAAAACUGGGAACGAUUGAUUGGCCGUGUUCAAUGCCGUUAGGGUCGUUGUCAUGGAUAACAUUUGGCCAGAGAUCUUUAUGGUCGAAUCAGCCGCCAUAGUUGUUGGUAAUCUAUUAACAAUCGCUGUCUUGUCCAACAAACGUUUCCUAAAGAAAAGAGGCAACUGGCUUAUCAUUAAUUUAGCAGUGGCUGACUUGCUUGUAGGUGCACUAUCUGAACCUCUAUACAUCGCGACUAUAAAAGGAACUACUAAAAAUAUAUCAACCGUAUACACGUCAUGUGAUAUUCUACUAGGAAUGGCAAGCGUAUUUGGUUUAGCUGUGCUUGCUUUGGAUCGUUUGUUUGCUAUUUCAUGGCCAUUUAGACAUCGAACAGUUAGUAAUCGACCUUAUAUUUGUUCAAUCGUUGGCAUAUGGUUAACCGCUGCAAUCGUGGCUGUUAUUUCUUUAAUUGUACAGAGCCGGCGUUCUGUGUUCUUCUAUGUCCUAUUACCUUUAUUAACAUUAUCGCAGAUAAUUAUGAUAUUUUCUUAUGUUGCAAUUUGGGUAAUUGUAACAACAAAACGACCGGCAAAAUCAAUCAAAAGGCGACGUUGUAACUCGAUUAUUAGCAGUGAGCGUAGUUCAGAUAAUGAGGGUGGAUCGGUCAGGCAUAUAUGCGUUGGCUUUAGAUAUGAUAGUGAUGAUUGUCAUCUCGAUGAGGAAACUGGUUCCGUGACUAUACUACACGGUUUUCAUCGCGAUUCAGUAGAAGAUCUCCCCCCAGCAAGAAUCCACUUGGUUGCUAUAAACAAUAAAAAACUUCAAGUAGGAAAAGUGACAGAUUCUUUGAUCAAUGGCUCGACAAAUACUACAGAAAGCACUUCACAUUUCAAGAAGUCUUUUCAAACGUUUGGCAAAUCGUUCACAGAACAAAAAGAACAAAAGAUGAGCUUCAAACGACUAAGAAGAAUGAGAUUAAAAGUUAAGCAAAGACGAGAGUCGAUUGAUCGUGAUAACAGACUUGCUUUGACACUGUUCAUGGUAACAGCGAUUUCAUUACUAGCAUGGUUACCUUUCGAAAUCAUGAAUAUCAUUUUUUCAUUGUGUAAAUCGUGCCGUGUCAAGCUGUAUAAUAUUCAUGUAUUAUCGCUAACUAAACUACUGCACUACGCAAACUCAGUAGUGAACCCUAUAAUAUACACCUUUAGAAUUACAGAAUUCAGGAGGACAGUUAAUGCCAUAUUAACCUUGAAAUUUUUAAAAAAGAAGCAGCCAAGAUUAAGGUCUGGAACUACAGAACACAAUGGUACCACAGUGGGCUACUCCUUUCGUGUCAAGUCUGCUAUCAGAACAGCUGAAUCCGCUGACCUAUAGAACACGUGCUUGGCCCUGUUCUAAUUUUUAUUUUUUACUACAAUAGUAAUGGUUCGUCUCGAGAAUCAUCGUCUGAAUACGGCAACGUUUUCAAAGAGUUCACUGGAAAAAAUCGCGCACUUUAAAGGUUGUAAAUUUGAUGUAAACAUGAUCACUUACAUCAUAUUUACAGAAUUUUGGACACUUACAUCAUAUUUACAUCAAAUUUACAACCUUUAAAGUACGCGAUUUUUUCUAGUCAUAUAAGACUAUAAUCAAUCUUUGUUUUCAUAACAUUAUUGCGAUUACAAGUUGACAAGUCUCGAGAUGGUAUGGGGAUGAAUUUAAGCCAUUAACAAAUUUGCCUGCGAGGGCGUUUUCUUUAGCUAUUAUGGCAUAUAUUUUAUAUCCAUGCGGCACAAGUUUGACGCAAAAUUCUGCACUGGUAAAUAUUUGUGCACUUAUAAUUUCGUACUUUAAACAAUUUCCUUUUUGAUUCAAUUGCGCACACUAAGCAAAUAGCUUACUAAAACUAAUCAAUGUAAUCACAAAAAUUAUCUUUAUGUAAUGCUAUCUUCAUGAAUAAAUGUUGAUGAAGAAUCAUAAUGUUUACCGAAUGAUAAAACUAUGAGUGUAAAAUAGAAAAGUUAAGGUUUC